AUGGCAAGUGAGCGGCGGGAUCUAUCGACGACCACCUCCCUGCAGGCGCGCUUGGUCCAACGCCCACAACGGCCAUACCAGUUUACGCAGUUGAUUCAGCUUUCGGACGGCAGCACAUUCACCGUCCGCACAACAAACCCCCAUCCUUUGCACCGUUGCAAUAAAGAUAGCCGCAAUCAUAUCGUCUGGCAGCCGUCGGAAAAGUCACUACGCAAUGUUGAGGUUGACGAGGCUGGACGGCUAGCCGCCUUCCGCAACCGCUACGGCCGCAGCUGGGAUUCUCUUGCAGACGAGGCAUCUGAAGGAGGAGAUGUUACGCACUUAAAAUCAAAGGACCAAACGGCCGAACCAUCGGCAACUAACGCGGCCAUAGGCAACACGGGCUCGCUAGACUCGCUAGACACGCUAGCCGAUCUGCUGAGCGGUUACGCGGCCAAGGAAGAGCCUACGAAAGGCGGAGGACUGAGUGCAAAGGAGCAGGCGAGAAAGGACAAGAAAAAGAAGUGA